AUGCACCUAGCCAAACACAAUAUCUUCGAGAAGUCCGGUCCAGAAGACCUGGGUGAGGGUUCCAGCGAGACGAAACAGCACUCAAUUACUUCAAUAUUCCAGUCCCGAGCCGAGCAUGAUACUAGAGCUCUGUUGGAACAGAACAUACUUCGAUGGGUUGUGACAGAUGAUGUGGCAUUUACGGCAAUUGAGUCCCCUGCAUUCCAACAGAUAUUCAAGGACUUGCCGGACGCUCCUCUUCCUUUCUCUUCUCGAACAGUUGUCCGCCGCAUUGACGCAGAUUUUGAUCGCUGUCGGGUCCAGUUGAUCGAUGAAUUAACACGGACAUUCCUUGGAUGUCUGGACAAGCAAGAACCAUAA